GCCAGCGUGUAUGAUGGCUGUUGACUGAGCUGGAAGAAUUUCCGAGCCUGGCACGAUCAACUGUUGAGAAAAUAGUUUGAACAGGUUCAGGAGCUUGGGAAGCGACUCUAAAUGCAGAAUAAAACACACCCAUUCUGGUAGAUUGGCUUCUCCAAAAGACAAAUACAGUUAUUUAGUAUUAAGGCAUUUACUAACGACAGAGGGCUUUCUGUUUGCAGCUCUAUGUGCGCUGCCGAGAGCCAACUUGAGGGAAGGAACAUUGGAAGAAUAUUUCUCUAAAAGUCUUUGGCUGUCUGUGUUGAAGAGGAAGUGCUACCAUGCCACAUUUGAGAACACUAUGUGUCUAUUUCUUGGUAGCCCUGAGCCCAGUUAUGACAAACACCACCGAGGACUUAGAUGUUUUGGUAUUUUUGCCACAAAAUAAUUCUUAUCUUUUUUCAUAUGAACGAGUCGCACCGGCGAUCCGUUACGCGCAAAAGAGGCUGAAGGCAGACGGGGGUCGGUACUCCGGGUUCAACUUCAACAUCCAGUUUGAAAACUCCGACUGCCUCUAUGAUGCUUUCUUCACAUUAGCGGACAGGUCCUGCGGACAGAAGCCCGACCUGAUCCUGGGUCCCGUGUGCGAGUACGAGGCUGCGGCAGUGGUAAGGCUGGCGUCCCACUGGAACAUCCCGGUGAUCUCGGCAGGUGCCCUGGCCACAGGUUUCGCGAACAAGAACAAAGAAUACUCCCACCUGACUCGCAUCGCCCCGCCGUACGUGAAAAUGGCAGAGACUUUCACGGCGAUGUUUGAACACUUCUCCUGGAAGAGCGCUCUGCUGGUCUUCGAGGACGACCGGGAGCAGCGGAACUGUUACUUCACGUUAGAAGGAGUAUACCAUCUGAUGAGCAACUAUAACAUUGAAAGCUACGUGUUAACUGAUGACAAACCGCUGGACACUGACGAGCUGCUGCGAAGCAUCAAUGACAUGGAAGUGGUGAUUAUGUGCAUGGGAGCAGAAAAAAUAAGAGAGAUCAUGCUGGCUGCACACAAACGACAGAUGACAACUGGCAAAUGCAUAUUCUUUAAUGUUGAACUCUUUAAUUCCUCUUCUUAUGGCAAUGGCUCAUGGAAGAGAGGUGAUGAAUACGACAACGAUGCAAGGCAAGCCUACGCCGCUCUGAACACUGUGACUCUUCUGAGAACUGUCAAGCCUGAGUUUGAGAACUUCUCCUUAGAAAUGAAAAUGCCUUUUGAAAAAGUAGGGCUUCAUGACUGCAACGACUGUGAAAAUGUCAACAUGUUUGUUGAGGGGUUCCACGAUGCCCUGUUACUGUAUACCAUCGCCUUGCAUGAAGCCAUGAAAAACGGGUACAGCAAGAAGAAUGGGACAGAGAUCACCUCACGUAUGUGGAACAGAACAUUUGAAGGAAUUGCUGGCCAAGUGUCCAUAGAUGCCAAUGGUGACAGAAAUGGAGAUUUCUCUUUGAUGACCAUGAUAAAUGUUGAAGCAGGAACCUAUGAGGUGGUGGCCAAUUACUUUGGUGUAAAUGGAACUUUUCAGCUGUUGCCAGCAUUCAACACUGAGCAUUUCACUCUGAAAGGAGGGGAUAAAGACCACCCUGAGAAAACCGAUAAAUCAGACACACCCUGUAAAUGUGGACUAGGAGUGUCAGCUUUGACUGGAGUCAUAGUCGGAGCUGUUCUGGGGGCCGUGAUCCUCGUAACGUUCUACUUUUUCAGAAAAAACUAUAGAAUUACCAUUGAGCGUCGCACACACGGCGAAGAAUGUGACUCCGGGAAGCAUCGUCAGCUACGAGAAGACUCCAUUAGAUCAAACUUCUCAGCAGCAUAAUGAGAGGCUGACACAGUCCAUGGAGAAUCGCACAUGUGACCAAAGACUUUGCAGUGGCUGUCAGUAGACCCACAGUGUUAAUUAUGAGACACUCGUUUGUGUCCUUUGAUGUUUUGACUUAUAACUCAGGACAGCUGUAACAGUCACAAAGCACCACUCACUU